AUGGGGCCUGAAGACUAUUCCACCUACCUUGACGGCGUGGAUCAAAUUACCAAUUGGUUGGACGAUCAGCCCUCAGACAAUGACGCUCUUGCUUCGGAAAGUCGUUCAGUAUCAGUUGUGAACACGGCGGCAAACACACAGCAGGAAGAACCAAACUCUGAGGACAAGGGCAAGAAUAAGUCUGAGGAUUUCAAGGUUUCGAUUGAGUACAAAUUGUAUGUUGCGCUCAAAAAACCAAAGCCUACUACUACCCGCGCAGGACGAAAGGCAGUGGCCUCCGAGACAAACGACAAAUACAGCAAACUUGUUUCAAAACCGAACAAACUAUCUUUUACUUGGAACGCUUCGAACACAAACCUUGACGUUUUCAAAGAAGCCGUGCUUGAAAUCCUUCGUGCUUUGGAACCGUCACAGGUGUUCGGACUCGCAGAGAAGCAAGAGAAGGCCAAGAAUCUCUGCUGGUAUGCAAUCAUCCCUUACGGUGGUCAAUUCGUUGAGAAAAACCAGACGAUGUUGGACAACUCCAAAAUCUUUUUGAAGUUUCUUGAGGUGGCCGAGGGAAAGGGGGAAGCGAAGAUCCACUUGGUCCAAAAUGAUCCCAAGGCAAUUGCGGAGCGAGACAAAGCUUUAAAACAACUGUCCGAGCAGGAAAAAGCCAACGAUGAAGAUGAAGCUCCCUCAUCCGAGCCAACAGCUGGCGCAAGUUUGAACAAGAAAAUCAUCGAUAACAUGUGGUUGAUCAGAGCAACUCACAUGCCAAAGGAAGACUUGACCGGUUCAAUGGAGCUCCCGGUGAUGGUCGACCCCGCGGAUUCGAGGCGGUUCAUUGCACUUAGUCCGGAUUGA